AUGCCGCCCCGGGAGAGGAGCCAGGGUCCCCCGGCCCGGGUGCCCGCGGGCCGCGCUCAGGGCCGGCUGCCCGGCCCGCCGUCCCCAGCGCUGUUCUGCGCCUGAGGCCUGGGCGUGCUGCUGGCGGGCGCGAACGUGACGCUGGCGGGCGCCUUCGCCUACUUGGGCCCCGGGCACGACGCGCCGCUGGUCGUGGGGCCGGCUCUGCUCGCGCUGGCGCUCGGCUUCUUCGCGGCCUGCCGCGUGUGUAGCCGCCGCGGCCGCGGGCCCGCGCCCCGUUCGCGCUCGGCGGCGGCCGCGGGUCCCGGCAGGGCAGGCGGCGGCGGCGGCGCGCGGGUGGCGCUGGAGAUGGAGAGCGGCGAGCGCCCGGCGCAGGACACCACGGCCGUGCAGCUCAGCCCCGCCGCCUCGGUCGCGUCGUCCGGCCGCUCCAGCCCCGGCCCCGGCCCCGGCCCCUUCGCCCUGGACGCCCCCGCGCCCGCGGCAGUCUACGCGCCUCGCGCCGAUGGGGUCCGGCUCGACCUGCCCCGCCAGCGCGGCGCCCCCUAG